AUAAAGCCCAACGGAAGUGCAGGAGCAACUGUCUUGUGGCGUCAGCUGGACAGGGAAGAGCGAUGGUGUCUUGGGCCGUCUUCGUGGUGAUUGGUGUGAGUGUGGCAGCUGCAGCAGCACUGCCUAGUAACCAGUACAAGGGAGUGUACAUAGGCAAGUUGUCGACCUUGGAACACGGGGUGACAGGAGACGUCUACGCUGUCGACAACACCACUGUAUUCAUCGAGGGAUUCUCCUACGACGGAGAGGGUCCUGACGCUUUCUUCUUCGCGGGCAACAAGUCCCCCAAACCCAGCUCCCGAGGCUUUAUAAUUCCUGAUGAACAUAACAGAAAUGAGGUGUUGGGACCUUACCGCAACAAGAACAUCAUACUAAGAUUUCCCGUUACGAAGAAAGGUCAGAGGUCGCUCGACAAUAUCAAGUGGAUGUCCGUCUGGUGCAGGAGGUUUGGUGUAAAUUUUGGGGACGUGGCGAUACCAGAGGGCCUGGUGGAGCCAUCUCCACAGGUGGCAGUGGGUCUGCAGAGUGACAAGCCAGCUAUGAGUGCCACCAGUGUCACUCUCCUAGACACUGAGACCAUCGAAAUCAAAGAUUUUAGCUUCGACUCCACUGUUCAGGAUGCAAUCUUCGUGGUGGGAAGUGGAGACGCACAGUCCAGCGGGUCUCAGGUCUUGGACGAGAGAGGGUCACGGGAGCCCCUCAAGGAGUACACACACAGGACUAUGGUGUUGUCAGUACCCAAGGAAGUGCAGGGAAAACCCAUUCAGUACGUGGGAGUGUGGUCUCCUACCGUGGGAAUGAUCUCAUCUGUAACCUUUGAUCCAAAUGCUCUGCUACCUCCCUCCAUCGAUUCCCUCAUCAAAUAAUCACUCUUGACCUUCUGUCCACCUGCACUAGACUAGUGCCACCUGUACUAGACUAGUGCCACCUGUACUAGACUAGUGCCACCUGUACUAAACUAGUGCCACCUCCUGUACUAAACUAAUGCCACCUGUACUAAACUAGUGCCACCUCCUGUACUAAAGUAGUGCCAACACCUGUACUAAACUAAUGCCACCACCUGUGCUAAACUAGUACUACCUGUACUAAACUAGUGACACCUGUACUAAACUAGUGCCAUCUGUACUAAACUAGGGCCACCACCUGUACUAAACUAGUGCCACCACUUGUACUAAACUAGUACCACUUGUAUUAAACUAGUACUACCUGUACUAAGCUAAUGCUACCACUUGCACUAAGCUAAUGCUACCACCUGUACUAAGCUAGUGCUACCACCUGUACUAAACUAGUACCACCUAUACUAAAUGUGUCACCUGUACUAAACUAGAACCACCUCCUGUACUAAACUAGUGCCACCACCUGUACUAAACUAAUACUAAGUAUACUAAACUAGUACCACCUGUACUAAACUAGUA